GAAAAUAUCAUUUGUGGUUCUCUCUCUCAUCAUAAAUCUAGGGUUUCUUAAAAAGUUCUCAGCAAUUUGUAUCAGACCAUCUUCCCAAAAUCUCUUAUCCUUUUUUUCUAUCUAUCUCCAGAAACAUUUAUAGAUAGAUAUAUACACGAAUAGAGAGCCACACAUCAAUCUAAGACCAUACACAUACAAAGAGGAUUUGGAAGUAAAGAAUGGUGAGGGGAAAGACUGAGAUCAAGAGGAUAGAGAACGCAACGAGCAGGCAAGUGACCUUCUCAAAGAGAAGAAAUGGGCUUUUGAAGAAAGCUUUCGAGUUAUCUGUCCUUUGUGAUGCUGAAGUUGGUUUGAUCAUCUUCUCUCCAAGAUCCAAACUCUAUGAGUUCUCUAGCUCUUGCAUAGCAAAAACAAUAGAGCGAUAUCAGAGACGAGUCAAAGAAACUGGGAUUAACCAUAAGAGAGAUGAUUAUUCUCAGCAAGCAAGAGACGAAACAAAUGGUUUGACCAAAAAGAUCGAGCAGCUAGAGAUAUUUAAACGAAAAUUGCUUGGGAAAGGUAUUGAUGCAUGUUCUAUUGAUGAGCUGCAACAGUUAGAGAAUCAGUUAGAGCGAGGCUUGACCAAGAUACGAGCCAAGAAGUACCAAUUACUCCGUGAAGAAAUUCAGAGGUUAAAGGAAGAGGAGAGGAGUCUCAUUAAGGAAAAUAAAGAACUGAAGGAGAAGUGGUGUGGAAUGGGAGCAAUAGUAGUAGCAUCACCAGCGUCAACCUUAUCAUCGGCUGAAGUGAACACGGAUAGCAAUGACAAUAUGGAAGUGGAGACUGGUUUAUUCAUUGGACCUCCUGAGCCAAGACAAUCCAAGAAACUCCCUCCUUAAAGUUUAGCCAAGUUGAAAAAAAAAAGAAGAAGAAAUUAAGCAUCACAAACUUCAAAAAUAAUGAUAUUUAUGUCUUAUAUAUUGUCUUCCAAAAAGUUGAGGUGUCAAUAAGCUCUCAAACAUAGUGCAGUAACUUGUUCUUAUUUAAUGAGGUGAGCCUCAAAAGUUUCUAUAAAAAUAUUGCUAAAUCACUUGUGUAUUAGAAAUUCA